AUGGUGUUUGUGGAGGGAUCAAGGGAGUCGGUUCAGGGUGCAUUAUCUGUAUUUGAGGAGUUUGAAGCCUGGUCUGGUCUGAGCAUAAGUCUUGAGAAGUCAACGAUUUACAUUGCGGGUGUUUCAGUGGAGGAGAAGAGAAGCAUUCUGACAAAUUUCAAAUUUGCUGAAGGCGAGCUCCCUGUAAGAAAGUGUAUCAAGGAGAUUGAGCAGAUGUGCCCGGCUUUCCUAUGGACAGGGCCAUUACUAAAAAAUACAAAUGCUAAGGUUGCUUGGAAAGAAAUUUGUAAAGCUAAGAGUGAAGGAGGGUUGGGGAUUAGAGAUCUGGGGAAGUGA